AUGGGGUUUGGCAAUAGAUGGAGAAGUUGGGUGAUGGAGUGUGUAGGUACGAGUUCCAUGUCAAUGCUGAUAAAUGGAUCGCCAUCUAAGCCUUUUAAGAUGGAAAGAGGAUUGCGACAGGGGGAUCCGCUGUCUCUAUUUCUAUUUGUACUUGUGGUUGACGUUCUACAUAGGAUGUUUGGAGAGGCAAUAAGAAAUGGGAGAUUAUCGCCGUUACUGGUGGGUAGAGAGCAUGUCGAGUUGUCACAUCUUCAGUUUGCAGAUGAUACGGUUCUAUUCUGCCCCCCAGAGGAAGAGACUAUAAAGAAUUACAAGAGGAUCCUUCGCUGCUUUGAACUUAUGUCGGGGCUGAGUAUCAACUAUGAUAAGUCUAGCUUGAUUUCUAUUAACUGUGAUGCUCAGUGGGUACAGCGUAUGUGCAGUGUACUGGGUUGUAAGGAAGCAUCUCUCCCGGUGAAAUAUUUGGGGAUCCAACUAGGAGCAAACCCGAGGUUGGUGAAGACUUGGAAACCUAUCAUAGAAAAAGUGGAGGAGAAACUGAGCCUCUGGAAAGCUAAGGUACUCAAUAAGGCUGGUAAGUUGGUGCUUAUUAAAUCUGUUUUGAACAGCCUGCCUGUCUAUUAUUUGAGUUUGUAUAAAAUGUCAAAAGCUGUUGCAGAGAAACUGAUUUUCCUACAGAGAAGGUUUCUAUGGAGUAAGGAGGAUGGUAGGUUUGGUAUGGCCAUGAUCAGGUGGGAGGUGGUACAGGCUCCCAAGAAGCUAGGUGGAGUAGGUGUCGGGGAUGCCAUGGAAUUGCAGGUGGAACUGCUCCCGGAGGAUAUGGCGAGUUUCAGCUUUACUAGGACAAUUUGGAAGGGUCUUGUGCCACCAAGAGUUGAACUGUUUAUCUGGAGUGGUUAUGUGUGGAUCCCUUUUGUUGUUGAUGGCAAUGCCGAAGAUGACAGUGGGUAUCAUGUAGUUGUGUUCCAAACACAUAGCAGCAUUGAUAAUUUAAAAGAGAAUGUCAAUAGCAGCUAG